AUGAAUCGAUCCAGAUCCAGACAAAGUAGAAACAUUCGAAAUUCAAAACAAUUAACAAAUUCACCUAUAAAAAGAAAAAAACAAUUAUAUAAAUCUAAUUCAAUUUCCACACCACCUAUUAGAAGAACUUAUAAACGAUCACCAAGAAAGACUUUGCUUCAAAUAUCCAACGAUAACAAUGAUAAUCGAUCGGUUAAAGAGGAAGUGGACAAAGUAAAGUUAAGUUUAUUAUCGAAUUUAAAAAAUGGUGACAUAAGGCAAGAAAACAAUGAAGAUGAAAUUAUGGUGGUAGAUUUACAUAAUUCACGCGUGAAAAUACCAUCAUCAUCAUCGGAGGAUGAAUUGGAACAACAACAGGAUAAUGAUGUUAAAGUAUCAAAUGUUCAAAGUAAAAAUGGUAAAAUUUCUUCUAUUCUGAUGGAAGAAGACGAUGGUCAGAUUAUUGAAGAAUCUAAUUUAUUAAAUGUUAAUGUAAAUGAAAAAAUGGAAGAUAUAAUGAAUUCAAAUUUUGAAGAAAUUGAUGGUACUGAAUCAGAAAACAAUAAUAUUUCUGAACAAGAUGAAGAAACGAUAGAAAGUACAUCACUCAAUGGAGAACAAGAAUCAUUGAAGAAUAUGAUUUUUAAAGAUAAAAAAGAGAUUAGAGAUCAGGAGCCAAUUCCAUUAUUAUCACGUCCGAAUGCUGCAAAACAAUUUCGUGAUUAUUAUAUGGCACAGAUGACUCGAGCCUUUGGAAAUGAAUUAGAUAUAAUUCGAAAGGUAUUGAGUUAA